CAAAGCGGGGUUCUACUCGAUGCCGUAAUCGCGUAACGACUAUUUGACAUUUCAGUAAAUUUCUUCUCGUUUUUCGAGCAGGAUUCACUCAUUUGGAGAUUAUAUUCAAGUUAACUUCAUAAUGUUAUUACGUUGGAUUUAUUUAGCAAUUCUUACAGAAUCUAUACAAGCUUUUGACUCGCAUUUUCGAGGACCUUCAUUUGUAAUGGAACCUCCUUCAAGACUCGAGUUUUCAAAUUCAAGUGGAGGAUGGCUUGAUUGUUCGGCUUCGGGAAGUCCUCAACCUUCAAUAGACUGGCUUUCUGUGGAUGGCACUUCUGUUGGUGACAUAUCAGGUGUUAGGAGAGUGCUUAGAAACGGUACUCUGUUCUUACAACCUUUUCCUGCUCAAUCCUAUAGACAAGACGUUCAUAGUACUGUUUACAGAUGCAUAGCAAGUAAUACAAUUGGAAGAGUUAUCAGCAGAGAUGUACAAGUAAGAGCUGUUGUUACACAAACUUUUAGAGUGGACGUCGAAGUCAUAGGAGCGGCUCGAGGGUGUACAGCAGUAUUGAAAUGUAUAGUUCCAAAUUUUGUCAAGGAUUUGGUGAGAAUCAUAUCCUGGGUUCAAGAGCCUACAUUUUUCAUUUAUCCAUCACUACAAGGAGACGGCAAGUUUCACCAACUCCCCUCGGGAGAAUUACUCAUCCACAACUUGGAGUUCAGCGACCAGUUUCCCACCUACCGUUGCAGGACAAUGCAUCGUCUUAGUCGACAGGUCGUGGUCAGUAGUCCAGCUAACGUGAGGAUUACAGAGCACAGAGGCAUUGUUCCUCCGGUGAUUGUGGAAAAUUCAGGCACAGUCACCGUAGCUCAAGAUGAAGGGGCGGCAUUAAUAUGUAUUGCACAAGGAUGUCCGGCACCAGAGUACAGAUGGUACACUCAUGCAGGAUUGGAGCCUAGUCUCAUAAUUCCGGGCCCAAGACUUCGGCAAUUAGGUCCUGUAUUAGCUAUUGAGGCUGUGAAUAUUGAAGAUGGUGGUGUUUACCGGUGUUCAGCUUCGAACGCAGGUGGUGAAUCCAGUGCCGAAUUACGAUUAUUAGUCUCUACCACGUUACAUGUAGAAAUUUCGCCGCCGUUGUUAAGUGUUCACAUGGGCGGAACUGCCGAAUUCAGAUGUGUAGUUUCUUCUCAGAGCGGUGGGCCACAUUUAGUUACGUGGUACAAAGAUGGCAGGCAACUCCCGAGUACAGGUAGAGGAUCUAGUGAAACCCUCAUUGUUAACAAUAUUGGAAGAGAAGAUAGAGGCAUGUAUCAAUGCAUUGUAAGACGAGCCGAAGGUGAUACUGCUCAAGCAGCUGCUGAACUCCAAUUAGGAGACGCUCCUCCAAUUCUCCUGUAUAGUUUCAUCGAGCAAACACUUCAGCCAGGUCCCGCUGUUUCCCUUAAAUGUAGUGCCUCAGGAAAUCCGACACCGCAAAUAUCAUGGACUCUGGAUGGUUUCUCAUUACCUAGCCAUGGAAGAUUCGUAAUUGGACAGUACGUAACCGUUCAUGGAGACGUCAUCAGCCAUGUUAAUAUCAGUCAUGUGAUGGUAGAAGAUGGCGGAGAAUAUAUGUGUACAGCAGAAAAUCGCGCUGGAAAAAGUUCACACUCUGCAAGGUUGAAUAUUUAUGGAAUGCCGUACAUCCGCUUAAUCCCAAAAGUCACCGCAGUUGCUGGCGAAACCCUUCAACUCAAGUGUCCUGUGGCCGGCUACCCUAUAGACGAAAUCCAUUGGGAAAGGGGAGGAAGAGAGUUGCCAGAAGAUUUGCGACAAAAAGUACUCGGAGAUGGAACACUGGUAAUCAGUCCAGUGGAAAAAAAGGCCGAUUCCGGCGUCUACACAUGUUGGGCAAGGAACAAGCAAGGACAUAGUGCUAGAAGAAGUGGGGAAGUUAAUGUUAUAGUUCCUCCUAAAGUUAGCCCGUUCUACGCAGAAGAUACUCUUCAUGUAGGCGAUCGAGCUAGUUUAACCUGUUCCGUAACGAAAGGCGAUCUUCCUUUAACAAUAUCUUGGCACAAAGACGGACGGUCCGUUGAACCUGCUCAAAUGAUGUCCAUAACGCAGGUGGACCAAUUUACUAGCAUUUUAGUGAUCGAGAGCCUUUCUCCAGACCACAACGGCAACUAUUCUUGCGUAGUGAGAAACCUUGCAGCAGAGGUCUCCCACACACAGCAAUUGGUUGUUAAUGGUAAUUCGGCGCCAGCUCGUGCUGCGCAUUUUUUUAAUUCUUUUUUCUUUUCUAUCUCUGAUGUUUGUUUCUCUUGUUUUCUCUCAGUUCCCCCUAUAAUUGAGCCCUUUUCCUUCCAAGACGGACUAUCAGAAGGCAUGCGUACCCGUACCGUCUGCGGUGUGAGUAAAGGUGAUCCACCCCUUGUGGUCUCUUGGCUCAAGGACGGUCAACCAUUGACGCCUAACCUCGGCGUCAACGUUUCAGCCCUUGACCCCUAUUCUAGCCUCCUCAGCAUUUCUAGCCUUGAUUCGAGACACUCCGGCGAUUUUACCUGCGUGGCCAGCAACCCAGCCUCAGAGGUUAGGUACACUGCGAAACUGCAGGUUAAAGUACCUCCAAGAUGGCUGGUUGAACCAGUCGACGUUAGUGUCGAACGAAAUCGACAUGUGGCUCUUCAUUGCCAAGCCCAGGGCGUUCCAACACCAACAGUUAUUUGGAAAAAAGCUACAGCUAGUAAAUCAGGAGACUACGAAGAAGUACGUGAUCAUAUGUAUACGAAACUCCUUGGAAACGGUACUUUGUUGCUUCAACAUGUAAAGGAAGAUCGAGAGGGUUAUUAUUUAUGUCAAGCUGAUAAUGGAAUCGGCACAGGCAUCGGAAAAGUUAUUCAACUAAGAGUAAAUUCUUCACCUUACUUUUCUGUUCCGUCAAGACUGGUUACUGUCAAAAAAGGAGAUGCGGCGCUGUUGCACUGUGAUGUGAAUGGAGACAAACCGAUUAACGUCGUAUGGUUACGCGGCGGUAAAACUGAACUCAAUCCAUCUACAAACUAUAGAGUUAACGUUAAGCAAGAUGUAACACCAGAUGGGGUAGCUGCAGAGCUGCAAAUAUUAAAUGCAGACGCCAAAGAUAGCGGUGCAUAUUUUUGUCAAGCAAGUAACAUGUAUGGAAGAGACCAACAAUUAGUUCAAUUAUUGGUACAGGAACCACCUGUUCCCCCUCAAAAUGUUGAAGCAGCAAUGAUUGGCAGUAGAUCGGUUAAUCUUAAAUGGCAGCACAAAUCUGGUGACGCUCAGGAAGUUUUCAAAUUUAUUAUCGAAUAUCGUGAGAUGGAUCGUUCCUGGCACCAAAUAGAAUUGACAGAUUCUCCACUUCCUUUCACUGCCCUGGUAGAAGACUUGAAGCCAGCUACAAAAUAUACUUUCCAUAUAAUAGCUGAAGGACCAGCUGGUAAAAGUUCACCUAGUGAAGAUCUAGUGUUAAGAACAGAACCUCAACGUCCAGCUGGUCCUCCAUUAAAUCCUGGCACGAGGCCUAUUUCUUCUACAGAAAUUUUAGUGACUUGGUCGCCACCAUUACCGGAAUUGAGACAUGGAGAUAUACAGGGUUUUAAUAUAGGAUAUCGCACUGCCAGUAUGGGAAGUUACAACUUCACCUCAAUAAACGGUGAUGGGGAAGACGGUGGCGAAAUAUUAUUAAGUGGACUACAGAAGUACACUCGGUAUACAAUUGUGGUUCAAGCAUUCAACGAAGUAGGGGCUGGGCCACUCUCGGAGCCCGUGACAGCACAAACGAUGGAGGACGUACCUAGUAUGGCGCCCGAAGAUGUGAGAUGUGCUGCUCUUACAUCACAAUCUCUUCAGGUUAGCUGGCAACCACCUCCUACUGAGCACUGCAAUGGUCUACUUCAAGGUUACAAAUUAACCUACGAACCAGUUUUGGAUGAUACCUGGAGAGGUAAUGACGAAAUGGAGACAAGGAAAACAACUGCUCUGACGACCGUAAUAACGGGAUUGAGAAAGUUUACAAAUUACAGUUUACAAGUCCUGGCGUUUACCAAAGUUGGAGACGGAGUUCUAACAACACCUUCAUACUGUCACACCGAAGAAGAUGUACCUGGACCUCCAGCAGACCUGAAAGUAGUCGUUAGUUCGCCCCAAUCACUCAAAGUUUCUUGGUUACCUCCUACGGAGCCGAAUGGAGUAUUAACAAAGUUCAACCUCUAUAGAAGGAGUAUGGAUGGUCGAACUGAAGUUGAUAACGCGAGACAAACAAUUUCCAGUCAAAAUACUAUUUUUGAAGUGAAAAGUGUUCAAUCACACAUCGAAUAUCAAUUUUGGGUGACUGCUUCUACCAGGAUUGGAGAAGGACAAAGUUCGAAAGUAGUUUCGCAAGUUGCAACACCUCGAGUUCCUGCUCGGAUUAUUUCAUUCGGAGGGCUUAUCGUAAGACCUUGGCGUAGCUCUGUAUCAUUUAAUUGCGAAGCGGUUGGAUUACCAAGGAGGGAAUGGCUGCGCAAUGAUCAAAUAUUGAAGGGAGGAGCAAACCAUAACAUCCAAUUAUUGGAUACGGGAGAGCUAAUUCUAUCAAAACUUCAAAUGGGGGAUGGUGGAAACUAUACGUGUCACGUUGACAAUGGCCAAGGUACAGACAGAAUAAUUUAUCAUCUAAUUGUGCAGAUCCCCCCAAUGGCUCCUCUUUUAUACGUCACCAGCGCAACUAGUAGCAGUGUUUUACUUCACUGGAAAGCUGGGAGUAAUGGCGGUGCUCCAAUAAGUGGAUUCACGCUCAAUUAUAAAAAAGAGCACGGAGAUAUUGAAGAAGUUCAUUUAUCAAGACACGCUACAAGUUACGAACUAAAAAGUUUGUCGUGUGGAACAACGUACCACCUCUAUUUGAUUGCUCACAACAAAAUCGGAAGCUCGCCAGCAAGCCAUCCGCUUCAGGCAAGAACUCAGGGUCACCCACCGGGAGUUCCUGCAUUGGCUUCUUUCAUUUCCCCAAAUUCCACUUCGGUUGUUUUACGACUACAUGUCUGGCCAGACAACGGAUGCCCUAUCUUGUAUUUUAUCCUUCAAUAUAAAAAAGCGACUGAUACACAAUGGACGUUAGUGUCCAAUGCAUUAAAACCACAACGAAGAACGUCUAUUACGGGUCUAACACCUGCCACUCAAUAUGUUGUCAAAUUAGAAGCUCAUAACGUUGCUGGAUUUGCGACUGAAGAAUUUUAUUUUAUGACACUCACAAAAGAUGGGGAUGUGCCACCUCCUGAUUUAAUGAAACAAGGGGAUGAUGAUUAUCCGUUUUACUCAGAUUUGAAAGUUAUCAUACCACUAGUUAUUUUACUUAUAGCAAUAAUUAUCUCUGCGAUUGGAGCAUUGCUCUGUAUGAAAAGACGUCACAAUGAUGCCGCUAAAGAACAAUUAGAUAAUCAGCAGAACGCUGAAGCUCAAAGAGAACGAUAUUACGCGACAAUUCAUAAGGUAUCCUUACAAGCUGGAGAAAAAAUACCAGAAACUUCAGAAGACAUAUCACCAUAUGCAACGUUUCAGUUAUCAGAGCCUAGCACUUUGCCACAAAAUACGAUGCUACAUAGUUUCAUGUACCAUGAACAUCCAAUAACUGAAGGUUGUGCAUCGCCUCCGCCUGCCACCUCAUCUGUUCAACGAAACUCGCCAUAUUAUAAUAUCCAAAAAUUCCAAAGUACAAAAGGGCACGGUCGAAGACGCGCCAAUAGAAAAACCGACGUGGAUAGUGACGAUAGCGAAUCCGAUCAAGAUCAAUUAACGUCCAGUCGAACUGAGUCUUCCAAUCAAUUAGAUAUGAAACACAAACAUAGCUUCCUUUAUCAUGGUGCUCAAUCGAGUACCUCGUCAGAUAUCUCUCCGAUGUCAGAUCAGAAGUCGCUUCCUCGAAGAAACAGAAACAGGUGGUUGGCUCAAGGUGGGAGGAGCAAUUCUCAUAGACAGAUGUUAAGUCAUCUUUCGGUCGCAGAAACGCCUUUUACUGAGAGGCAGCCAACAGAUCAGAGCACGCCCGACCGACCCGAGCUCAGUGAAGCAGAAUGCGACAUCGACACUCUCAAGAAAUUGAAACUAGGAUUAAGAUCUACCUUGUGGUCUAGACCUACUGCUGGUGGAAACGGCCAACCAACCGACUACUCCAUUGCGGUAUAAUAGAUUGAACAGAUCCUGUAAAUUCUUGCAAGUACAAUAUGUAAACCAUCAUAUGAAAUACUGAAAUGUGGGUCUCAAAAAAGUGUUUUUAGUACAAAAUAUGACAAGGUGGAAUAUAUUGCUGACAUAUUUGUAAUAAUAAUGUUUUAAAACAUUAAUUUCACGUUGGACGUAUCAUUCUGUUGCCAAUAAAAUGAGAUAUCGCACACUGGGAACGAGAGGGUCACAACUCAAAAAACUUGUUUUGUGGGAAAUUAAGGUUGAAAGUUUAGUAUAUUAUAAACAGCAAGAAAGUGACGAUUUUGUGAUUGAUACCCUCUGAAAUUUUUUGUGUACAACAAUAAUCCCUCCUCUCAUUACUUCAUUACAUUUUACCAUUUACUUGAAUUUGGAAUAAUAUUUAAAAAAUUUGUAUAAAAAAUAUUGUGACUUGUGACGAUGUAACUCCAUUUUUUGUUUGAGUUAUUACCAUUUCAUAAAUACAAAUUCAUUGAAUUGAUUCUCCAAAUUUUGUACUUCUUUAAUAUAGUUGAAUGUAAAAGUUAGAUAAAAAAUGUAGUUAAGUAAAAACGAUUUAUUGAAAAAUAUAAGUUAUAAUUUUUAUUUAAAAAAACCGUGUCUUUAACGCAAUAACUGAAACCCUACUCAAUUUUUUUAAAGUUCAAAGUUAUGUCGUUUGUAGGAUUAUUGAAAAUUAUCAUAGUCAUUUUCCAAACCUCUUGAGCAAGAUCUAAUUUAUACAAGUGGUUAUUCCUUGUUCUUGACAUUAUCCCUUCCUAGUUUGUCUUUCUUGUCCUCGAUAGUUCUCUCACAUUUCCGCCCCCUACUCUCAGGUGACCAAUGUAUGCUUCUCAUCUUAGAGUUGGUCUCCUCCAUGGUGGUUCACAUUCCAGUAUUCAUUUUAGUCACCUGUAUUCUUUGUACGUGAAUAUACUAAUACAAUGCUCUGUUUUCUAGUUUCCUUAUUAUGAAGCAUUUUACUCGCAUUUGUUGUCAUAUUUCUGCAGAUCUUACAUAUCGAGUCUUGUGACUUAUAGCAACUUUCUCUUAUAAUCCAAUUCGAUCCAAUUAUUUUGUUUCCUAUUGUUAUUGUCAUUGGCCUUACUUCUGCCCCAUAUGAGGUUAUAUUCUGUAUUAUAUUUUGAAAUAUUUUUUACUAGCUUUCUUCAGUCAUUUCCAUAACUAUGGAGUGUUUUUACGGCUUGUUUUACUCGUGCUAUUUUUUCCUGUCCUUUUUACCGCUUCUGGAGUCGUCACCUCAUUUGGUCGACCAAUGCGAUGCAGGUCUUCGCAUUUCCGUUCAGCCUCGUUUAAACCUUCUACCCAAUAGUUGACUUACCGUUGAUAACGAACAGUAGAGUAGAAUCUAGCUCAGCUUUUAUAUUGGUUGGGCUAAGGUCUUUUCAAAUAAAAGUAUUGUACCACAUAAGGAUGAUCAAUUUUUUCCAUGUUCACAAAUUCACUGAGAACGUUCAUUAUUGAUGGCUACCAAACCAAUACUAAACAACGUGGCAUCUUCAAACUUGAAACAUAUGCUGUAUAAAUUGUGUACUUUGUAAUAAAGUGCUCUCUUUUCAAGCAACUACCGCCAACUCUAAGUAAGGCCAGGUACUUCUGAAACCAUUCUCGUAAUUAUUCAUUCAAGUGUAGAGAGAAACAAUGAACUGGGGUAUAUAGGUACACAGAAGAAAUUGAAUCUGAAAAACAGUAUUCAACAGAAUGAGAAACUACUCUAGUAUAGAAUUAACAUAAGUGAAAGAUUUGAAUUCUGGUAUAUACACUCUAAAGACAACCAAAGAAAAGAAGAGGUUAAAUUGUAAGUAGCAUUUCUUACUAGGAAUGUUUGGUCAAUAAAAAUUAGUAAUUAACGCAUUCAAAUGCCUUGAUAAGGUCACAAUAGCACUCGAUAAUUAUAAAAUAAAAUCGAAAAAAUGUUGCUUUAUGUAUUGAAUGAUUUUUUAAGUUAGGAAUGCUAAUUUCACUCCCUUACAAUGUGGAAGUUCACCUAUUUAGCCGUACUUACCAGUACGGGGAUAUAUGUCCUGUGUCAAUAAUUAUCUAACUUUUCUUUUGUGAUCCAUAUAGUUUAAGCUUAAUGUGAAGAGCUUUAUUCACAUUAUUACUAUUAUUAAUAAUAAAGAAUUUCAAGAAAUAGCCUCCAAACCCUAUGAUAUAUGAAAGAAUAUCUCCGUCAGAAUUCUCAAAUAAUAAAUGGUAAAAAAUACUUAUCAAUAUCUGAAAUUUCUAAAAACAGAGGAUCCAAACUCCAAUAACUUUUAAGGUUUGAUUGUAGUAUAUUGUCCGCAUAUAUUUUGCCUCAUAAUAUUUUGUUAUAUUAUCAGAAAAUGCAUAAGAUUUCAAUAACAUUUUAUAUUGUAUCAAUAUUGAACUGAUAUUAAUUCUAGUUUUAUCCAAUUUUGUUUAACUUUAAGGUAACUGACAUCUAUGUUUGCAGCUCGAAUUAGUUUUUUUAAGCUAUGUUUUUGAUCAAAGUUUAUCCAAUACUAGUUGAAAUCAUAUAAAACUUGAAAGCAUCCCGUAUUAUAGGCACCUCUUAACGCACAUAUUUAUCUAAUAAGAAAAUAUCAAUAUUUUAGAAAAAUUGACUAUAUAGAUUAGUAAAUUUAGUUUUAAUUUUCUUCAACUUUUUACUUACUUUCAUAUUUUUUUCGUUUUAAUAGAAAAACCGUUUAUUAUUACAGGUAAAAAAGAAACCAGAAGUUUUCUCAAAACUGUUAAAAUUAUGUUACUAGCAAGCUUGUCAUUCUUGUAACCAAGUGAAAACACUAAAUGCAGAUGAGGACUAUAAGGCUGAUGAGAAAAAAUUUCUCAUUUGUAUAGAUUAAGGGAAAUAUUGAGUGUCACUGCAUAUUUUCAUUUCAUUAUAUACCAGAGAACUAAAAUCUUGAUGGGUUAUUCUUUGAUUGAUCGUUUCAAAAUCAUACAUUAUUUUCGAAAAAAAAGACGAUUUCAACUAGUAUACGCCGCAAUAGUAUGAUGUAGAAAGUCAGUGUAUAUUAAUAUUUUGAUUCCAAACAAAUAAUGGAUUCAAAAAACGCUGCAGCUCUUAUGCAUUCUGAAAUAAACUCGUCAUGACAACGAGUGAAAUCAAUUUUCUUUAAAAUAUUGUGUACUUCAAAAAAUUACUACAACUUUUCACUGGUGGUUUCAAUAUUGCAAUUAUUUGAAUUUAUUAGUAUAGUGAUCUAGAUAUAGAUGUGAAUUUUAAAAUAUCAAAUCAAUAUAUAUUGUGAGAAAUUUUCUUGUGCGUAUGAAAAAACAGUUAUUUGGAUUCCUUUCAAAUAACUGACCAAAAUGAAACUUUCUGUUAACUAAAUACCUUUUACAGUCAUUUUUUUAAUUGAUUAGCAGUUUUAAUAACUUUUUUUACAGAGUAUAGUAUGUUACAAAGUUUUUGGUAUCCUUUCAUUGAGUUGAUUGUGAAGUGUUUAUGUUAGUAAAAUAUCAAUUAUCAAUUUCACAUCAGAUAUAUCGUAAUUUGACUGAAUUAACACGUAACCUUUCGAUUGAACUGUUCUUUGUAAAAUAUUUAUCAAUUCACGGGUUUUCAAAAUACAAAGCUCAAUUAUUCUAGAUAGAUUGGUAAUCGAAAAUCUAUUUUUUUCAUACUGUACUUCACAGUACUAAUUUGAGUCCAGGAAAUAGCACUUUACGGUAUGAUUUUCAUCAGCACUUUUUACCUCGAAUUCCGAAGACUUUAUUGGAAUAAUUUGCCCUACUGCUUCCGCAAGUUUCUCAGCAAUUCUAUUUGAAUUAUCAACCAUUCUUAGGGAAAAUAUUUUUGGUAUUUCCAAAAAUUCAAUAUGUAUACAUUUGUUUACAAUGUUACCUUAGUGACUUGUGUUAAUUUUUUUUUAAUAAUAAAACAAUAAUCAAAGGAGUUAUUUUUCAGUAAAAUUGUCAAAUAAACAUUUCAUAUUUUAAUAUAAUUUUGCUUUUCAGUUAAAACUGAAAACAGUCAGUAUGAAAAAAAAACAUAUUAUGAUAUACGUCUGUAAAGCUAUUAUUAUGGUACUCAAUUAAAUAUUCUAGAAUCGGCUCCUUUGACGUCUCUUCCAUAAACAUCUAACUCGUACCGUACUAAAUCACUACCUGUACUUAUAACGUAAAUAACUAUUCCCUAACAGGAAAUGAUAAAAUAUCAGCGAAAACUUUCACCAUUCCUUAAAAAUGUAUAUUAUUGAGAAUGUGGCAAUGAAACACCAAAGUACACUAAUUUUAAUAUAUUUUCCGACCUUUCGAAUACUUAUGUAUUUAUCGUCUGGGAAAUAAUUAAUUGGGAUUUGUGGAAACAUUGAUUAAUAAAAUUAAGGUAUUAAACAGUAGUCAAAAGUCUCACAAUAUAUAUUGAUAAUUAUAUAGAUAUAAUUAAUCAAAAUAACGUUAACUUUUUAUACACAAAAUUAUAGUUAUUAAGUUUGUAAUAUAUGUUUAUGAGAGAACUUUUGGAACAAUUUUAUAAUGAUUAUUUACUUUGACUGAUUAAUUAACUAGAUGAUAGUCCCUUAGUCGUUGUACCAAAGAAGCAAUCACUGUCAAAAAAACUAAUCAAAAUCCCUUUCCCCACUAACUGUUAACAGCGUGUAUGAUAAUUCAAAUUCCAUUUGAAAAAUAAAAAAAAGCUAUACUGAAA